AUGCCGGUUCUUGCCCUUGGAUCAUGGAACCGUCCACAGCGCCGCCAUUUGUCAGAGUCGCUCUCGGAACGACUGGCGUCCCUCUCUGUUACGAACCCCGUCGACGCUCUGGCCGAUGCUCUGAUCUCGCUCCAGUCGCUCACAGGGCUGCCCUGGUAUGCGACGAUCGUCAUCUCGACGGUGGUGCUUCGAUCCGUCACGACGCUGCCGCUUGCCCUGGUCCAGCGCAAGCGACUGGGCCGGCUCAUGGGCAUCGCCCCGAUCAUCAAGGCAUGGGAGGAGACGCUCAAGCACCAGGCCACUCGGGACGUGAAGCGGAACCAGGCCUGGAGGACGGCCGAGCAGGGCGCACGAUCGCUUCAGAAACAGUACCAAGCCAAGCUCACGGAACUCUACCGGAUACACAACUGCCACCCACUCAAGACCUUCUUGGUGCCGUGGGUACAGCUCCCACUCUUUGUGUCCAUGUCGUUUGCUCUUCGGAAGCUCACGGCCUUCCCACUGCCGUGGAUGGACACCCCUCCACAGCCAGCUCCGGGCAUAGUCGAGGGCGGGCUCGGCUGGUUUGUCGACCUCAGCGCCGCCGAUCCGACCAUGAUCUUUCCUGUCUUCAUUGGCCUCUGCCACCUUACGACCAUCCAGUUGAAUACUUCCAAGCUCCCGCUCUCUGGCCGCGCGAAGGUGAUGAGGGCGAUCUUCCGAGGACUGGCGAUCGUUUCGAUACCAAUUGCAGCAAAUGUGCCCAUGGCUGUCGUGUUGUACUGGGCCACCUCUGGCGUCUUCAGCUUGGUCCAGAUAGCCAUCUUCCGCUAUCUGAAGCUGUAG